AUGUAUUCCAACAUUGUCACAACUGGAGCGUUUGCAUGGGCUCCUUCAUCGGGUGUACCUGCUAACAGUGAUGUUGAUCCUGGUACAAGCAAUGCCAACAUUGCUCAUGAUGGUUUGGAAGAGGGUAGCGGUGAUUUAGAGGAAGAUGUGAUUCCAGAUUUCCAGACUGACAUGGCUCGAAUGGUUGGAGGGAUAAAUAUGUCUAGCAACAGCAACACAAAAAGCGGUGGCAAAAGAAAAGAACAUGAUCAUUAUAAUGUGCGAGGUAGAAAGAAGAAAACAUCUGGAAUUCAGUUGCUGUCAAGGUGCAAUCAACUACUUGAGAGUAUAUUGACUAAGAGUGAUUCCACGUCUGUUAAUUUGGAUCGCAAAGGCUGUAGUAUUCGCGAGGUGAUGGUUGAGCUACACUCAAUUCCUGGAGUUUCAAUUGAAGAUGAGUUCCACGACUUUGCGACAGAGUACUUGAGUUUAAGAAGGAAAAGAGAAAUGUGGGCUAGUAUAGGUGAUAAGGAGUAG